UACUGUCUCUCUCCUGCUGUCUCACUUGUGUCUCCUGUCGUGGAAAUUUAUCAUGAGAUUAUAAAUACUGAGUUUCUGAGACGUUGUCUUUGAGUCCUCAUGAUUCAUUCUGCAGAGAGGGACACAGUCAGUGGCUCAGAGUGAAACCAUUAGAAAGUUAGAAAGGAGGGUUUUACUUAAUGUGAUAACCAGGAAACGAGACACAGCGGACAGUCGGCUGUCUGUCCUCACUGCUACAGAGAGAGGAAUCGAACCCAGUGGCACAGGUCGCAAAAAGGUCAACAGGAGGUGAAGGUACCAAGUUAGGGCCUGAACUUUGAUCAUCAGCUAAGUGCACAGAAAACAGUCCAAACAGCAGGAAGACAUUGAUCCCAGUCGGAAGACUUUGAUCCCAGUUGGAACACAUUGAUCCCAGUUGGAAGACUUUGAUCCCAGUUGGAACACAUUGAUCCCAGUUGGAAGACUUUGAUCCCAGUUGGAAGACUUUGAUCAGUGUAAUGUCCCAUGACCGUCCGUCUCGUCGUCUCCCUGCAGAGAUGGAGGAGAAGACACUGUCCCUCGCCGCUGUCACCGUGCUGGCUGUUCUGGAGCAAGCUUAUUUCUCUCUACAGGUGAUCAGCAUCAGGAGGAAGUUCUCUGUGACGCCUCCGGCCACGACCGGCCCACCGGAGUUUGAGAGAACCUUCAGAGCUCAAGCAAACUGCUCCGAGUAUUUCCCCAUCUUCAUCAGUGUCCUGUGGACGGCCGGAGUCUUCUUCAGCCCAGGUCUGUCCUCGCUGUGCGGGCUGCUGUAUUUAUACGGACGUUUCCGUUACUUUCGUGGUUAUUCGGAGUCGGCUCAGGGACGUCUGGCUCCGCUCUACUUCAGCGCUCAGGUUCUCUGGGCUCUGAUUGGCCUCUCGUCUCUGGGCGUCGGCCUCUCGUUCUUCAGAGUUCACCUGAACGUGGACGUCCUGCAGCAGCUUGGCUCCGCCCUCGACCUGCCCUGAGGUCAAAGGUCAAGAGAAGACAUGUUGUGUUCGAUCCAGGAAGAGAACACAGGAAGUGAACCUUUUAGAUAAGAAAGAUUAAAAGUCUGAAAACAGGUUCUUUAACCCCCCAACCCUAUGUCCAUAUAUUUAAUUAUGAUAUAUUAAUUUUCAUUUCUGCUUAUGUCUUUGAUAAGAAAAUAAAGUCGAUGGCUCCUAAGAUGUCGUUUUCAAAAUUGUCUGACAAAGAAAUACAAAGAAAACCCAAAUAUAUAGAACUUAAAUAAAAGAAACAAACACAAAUGCAUCUCGUUUUUUAUCAGUUAAGCAAUAAAUCAGUAAAUAUAUUGUAUACCUAAACAAUCCUCUUACUUUUCCAUAUUUUGUUAAAAGUAAAACCAACAUAUGCUGAGUAACAGAUUUUUGUCCCAAGCUGGAGUUUUAUUGUGAAGGAGAAAAGAGCGAUUUAAGUGUUUCAUCAUGUGAGUGUUUCCUGACUUUGACAAAAUAAAACGUUUCUCUUGU